AUUGCAAAAUAGCAAAAGGGCCGCCUAUCGGCCGGCUGUAGCGCAAAAGCACAAAAUCAACGGCUGCAUAAACCGAGUUACUGCGCUGUGAAAAGCGUGUGCAACGCAAGGUGAGCACAAUAAUUGGGCCAAAGAUGCGAACAGCCAUCAGGUAAAAGCUACACACACUGCCAACGCAACGACUCACUCAGACUCCACCAUGGAGUUGCGCGAGCUGCGCGCUGCAGCUGCUGCUGCUGCUGCUGCUGGCAAAGGGGACAGCGCUGGCGAGCUGGGCGGCAUUUGCAUUGGCAGCUCCUCGGAAGCCGGAGUACAGCGCAUACCGACCCGGGCGGAUCUGUUAAUGGAGCAGCUGAAUGCGAAAAAUGCCAAAAAGGUGGCGCUGCUGCUUGUGCUCGGCUUUGUGCUCUACCACGGCCUGCUCAAUUGGAACUACGGCAGCGACUCCUGCCAAUGGCUGCUGUCCAAGGGCCGCUUCAAAGGCGACAACGAGUGGCAGCCCUACGGCUGCAUGAUGCACAAGUACUCCUACACCGACACGCGACGCUGCCUGCGCUAUUUGGCAUUUUUUGGCAACAAGAACAACUUUGUGUUCAUCGGGGACCGGAGCGUGCGGCUACUGUACGAGCGAUUCGUGGAGCAGCUGCAGCUGGCGCAGCCGGGCGACGAGCUGGACGAUGAGUACGAUAACAAUGGCUCGGCACGGGCGAAUGUGGCGCGCUUCGAGGACAAAAAACUGGACAUAUUGGUGCAGUAUAUUGGCGCCAGCGAGGUGAGCCCUGCGCUAAUCGAUCGCCUCUACCAGCUGGAGCAGGAGAAGCAGCUGUCGUCCGUCUAUGUGAUGGGGCUCACCUAUGGCGCACAGCUCGCCGGCAACGUGACCGACGAGCUCUUGCGACAAUAUAGCGUCAAUUUGACGUUACUCGUGGCGCCCUUUCAUCGUCUCGUGGCGCAAUCGUCGCGCGUUCUCUGGAAGCUGGCGGACCGGGUCGAUGAGGAGAAGCUGCCGUCCGCCUGGAAGCUGGUACACAACGACGACAUCGAUCGGCUGAACAAUGUGGCACGCAACGUCUUUCGCUAUACGGACGCGAGGGUCUGGGAGUCGGCCUGGCACAUUGCCAACGGACUGCUGGACAAUGCCAUCGAUGGGCAUCGGUUGAGCGCGCACGGCCAACGGCUCGAGGUGCAGCUGCUCUGGAAUAUGUACUGCAACGAUCAGAUGAACUACAACGAUGGCACCUGCUGCAGCAGCGCCGAGCCGUACACGAGUCUCCAAAUCGUCGCCUACGCGCUCUUUGGCGUUUGCAUUGCCCUCGUCGGCGGCAUGUGCCUGCGCCGCUGGCUCCUCCACCUGCGCGGCCACACGCUCUACGUGCCGCUCCAGCAGCAGCAGCAUCAGCACUCGUCGCACUCUCAUCAUCCGGCCAACGCUUUGGCCGUGCUCAUCACGGACUAUGGCACGCCGCUGGUAGCUUUGUCGCUGCUGGGCCUCAUCAUGGCGUAUUUCUAUUUGUGCGAUCGCACCAACUUCUUCAUGAAGGAGAACAAAUACUACUCGGAGUUUAGCUUCUGGAUACCCGUGGCAUAUGUCUUCGCCUUGGGCCUAUUCUUUACGGAGGAGUCGCGCUUCACCAAGGUGCUCAACCGGCAGCAGACGGACGAGCUGCGCGGCUGGAUCCUGCUGGUGGUCCUUAUCUAUUAUAUGACCGGUGCCCAGCGCAUUUUGCCCAUCCACAUGCACAUCAAGCUGCUCAUUUCGGGCUACUUUUUUCUCACCGGCUACGCGCACUUUACGCACAUCUGGCUGACGGGCGGCUCCGGCUCGAUGUUCGUCCGCUUCUUCCAGGCCAUGUUCCGGCUGAAUUUUCUGAGCAUUCUGCUCUGCUUCUGCAUGAAUCGUCCGUAUCAGUUCUAUUACUUUGUGCCGCUGCUCUCCUUCUGGCUGUGCGUCAUCUAUUUUGUGCUGUCGCUGCCGCCGCGCAUCACCUCCGCCUCGGUGGACGCCAAUCCGCUGCACUAUCUCUAUCUCGUCAGCAAAUGCAUUGGCUGUCUGGGCGUCAUUACGGUCCUCUUCAUGUCCGAGGUCUUCUUCGAGCGCAUCUUCGUGACGCGCCCGUGGAAGGCGCUCUUCGUCACAACCGACGACGACAUCCACGAAUGGUGGCAUCAAUGGAAGCUCGACCGUUAUACGGUCACCUACGGCAUGAUCUAUGCGGCCUGCUUCCAUAUUGCCCAAAAGUACAGCGUGUUCGAUGACAACAAUCAUGGCAAUCUGUUCUCGCGAAGGACAUCCAUUUCGGUCACAUUGCUGGCGCUGCUCGGCGUCGGCAUCUAUACGGCCUUCUCGCUGCUCUGCCGCAACGUUCAGAACUGCGAGGAGAUACACUCGUAUAUCCUGUUCAUACCCAUUAUCGGGUAUGUCGUGCUGCGCAAUAUUUCCGGCAUUUUGCGCACCCGCUACUCCAGUUUCUUUGCCUGGUUCGGUCGCAUCUCGCUCGAGCUGUUCGUCUGCCAGUAUCACAUUUGGCUCGCCGCCGAUCGACACGGCGUCCUGGUCCUGUUGCCCGGCUUUCCGACGCUCAACAUGAUCAUUACAUCGUUCAUAUUUGUUUGCGCCUCGCAUGAGGUGCAUCGGCUAACCCGCAUCCUGUUGCCCUACGCCGUCCCGAACGAUUGGCGCCUGGUCUUGCGCAAUCUGGUCAUAUUUCUCAUUGUGCUCAUACCAGUUGCCCGAUCCGACGGCAUGUUCUAAUUUGUGUGUCGCGGUGCAAUCAAAUUGCCCCCCAAACACCACGCUGCAUACCCUGCUUUCAAAAGCGGAAAAUGAGCAUAUUGGUUCCAUGUCCCAUGAUCACAGUUUGAAAGUCACUGGACA